UUGCUUCCAAUCUUGCUGCUGUGUCUCGGUGUCUCGGCGCAACCCAGUGCCAAUCUCAACGCCAAAGUUUGGGCAGCCGUUGCAUAUAUCAACCAUGGAGAAAAGACUCCCACUUUUGGCGGCUUGGACAACAUUCUUACCCCCACAGGAGCCCGUCAAAUGUGGAGGCAAGGAAGUGCUUUUCGACACCGUUACCUGGGCAGUCGUAAUGCCACUACUUUUUCCAAUUUAACAACGGGGAACACAAAGAUUCAGGGAAUAGCUACGGAUGCCAUCAACAAUGAUCAGCUCACCGUCUUGUCGACGACAGAUGAAUGGGUUUCUGGGGGUGCCAUGGCUUUCCUACAGGGCUUGUAUCCCCCCAGUCCCAACACUUUCAACAACCUUGCUGGAGGUCGACAGGUGGCCCAAGAUCUCUUUGUUAGCCCAGAUCUGAUUGACUAUCCUUUGGGAGGUUAUCAGUAUCCCAAUAUUGAGACUCUGUCAUUGACAGACCCUUCUUCAGUUUUCAUCCAAGGUACUGCCCAAUGCUGGGCUUGGGAUAGCAACGUACACGCGAUAAAGAUGGACGAUCCUAUGGGACGGUUUAGGUCAACUCAAAGCUUCUACAAGUCCCUCUUUGCCACGCCUCCUCUCAAGGGCACCGUACCCAACGCCUCAGUGAGUUACUGGAACGCCUAUGACAUAUACGAGUAUGUAAAUUACAUGAAUACUCACAACGCCACUGUCACUGCUGGGUUGGGAUUUGCCAACGAAACCAUCGAUAUACUCAGAGCCAAUGCCUUUGAAUUGGAGCGUACGAAGAAUGGAGACGUUUUAAAAGAUGCUCCAACAUUCAACUACAACAACGUCUCUACCAUUGCUGGACAGACCCUUGCCAUGCUGAUUGCAAGCUCGCUCAGUGCUACCAGCAUAGGAGUUGGCACACCACUGACACUCAUGUUUGGUUCUCACGAGCCCAUGCUGGCCUUCUUCUCCCUCAUAGGCCUCUAUUCUGAGGACAACCUACUCUCUGGCCCAUUCUCCACGCUUCCAAAUCCUGGCUCGGCCAUGAUUUUUGAAUUGGUCGGCUCAAAUCCAGGCGACGUCGACGCAAUGCCUUCGCCUCAGGAUUUCAUGCUUCGGUUCUCAUACCGAGCUAAUGCGGAUCUUGGCGAGCCAUUUUCGGCCUAUCCGCUCACUUCAAUGGGUUUUGAAAGCCAGAUGAUUCCUUAUACCUCCUUUUUGGGUCAGCUCCAAAAUUUCACUCAGGACUCUAUGCAAUGGUGCACCACAUGUCGAGCAGUCUUUGCUCCUUGGUGCAACACAGGCGCCAACGAGUCUCCCUCGGAUCCUCCAUCUACCAGCAAAAGCUGCUCAUUGAGUCCAGCUUUAGGCGGUCUCAUCGGUGCCAUGGUGACGCUGGCCGUGGCUCUCCUUGCUAUAGGUGUUCUCAACUGGUUUGGAUUCGUCUCUUUUUCACGUCGAUCCAAGCCCGGUGUACGUAGCAGCUCUCCAGGCGGCUUCAGAGGAUCAGAUAAGAGAGCUGGUGAUGCUGAUGUCACCGUUACCGACCGCGGUGUGCAGCAUGAACGGGUCGGCAGCUGGGAGUUGAGAGAUGGAUCGGGCGAGUCUCCAAUAGAAUCUGCUGAUAUCGGGACAACGAAUCUGAGCCGGAAUUUGGACGACGACGAAAUUAGUCUAACAGGCGUGCAGCCGGUGAAAAUUCACGAAACUGUUUAG